GUCGGCAUUCGUUAUUGUAAAUCGUAAUUCGUAAUAUACGGACAGAUAAUAAUUAAUUAAAAAUUUUGUAUUUUUAAAAAAUGUCUCUUUUUUUAAAAACUUAAACCAUAAAUCGAUCUUGUAGUAUUUUAAAUAAUAAAUUUGAAUAAAUCCUAAACUCUGUUAUUCGCAUUCUAUAGGUAUUUUUCAGUUUAAGACUGUUUCAUUUCUAGAUGACAGUGUAAAUACAAACUUUAUAAAUGACUUCAAUCCCUACUCUGAUUUUCUAUGUGGCUAUGGUGCUGGUGGCGUUUUAUAUCAACGAUCGAAACAGUGCCAAUAUCAAAUUACUUGAAUUUUAUGAGCAUAAUGUAAACAUAUCAUUUGGGCCUUUAAAACUAGGAAACGAUUCUUCUUGCAAUGCACUUGAUUUUCAACUGAAUUACAAAAAGCAUGCAGAUCUCGGAGUAUUAUUUUCCAAUUAUGCUAAUUAUAUAUCCAUGGUGAGUUUGUUCAAACUCUGGACAAGCCAACAAAAUGAUAAAAUAUUCUUUGGCACUCUAAAGCUCAGCGACAAAACUGUAAAUGCUGUAGCAAAAGGGCCUGGACGUAAUUUUUUUGAAAUGUUUGAGCAAACAGUCAAUCUUGCUACAGAUAUAGAAACAAUUUCAACUUAUGGCCAAUGGACCUUAUUACCGCUUAGUGGUGAUAGUCGCAGCCUUGAAAUAUGUACAAAAGACAUUAAAUCGUUUCAAAAUGCAUUACUUUAUAGUUUCUUCAACUCGGUUAUUAGCGAGGAUGGUGAUAAUAAAGCCCAGUCGUUGAUUGAAGCAUGGAUUGCUGCACAUGUGAGUGUUGAGCUUUUAGUUCUAAAGGUAUUACAUAGAUAUCGUUAUGUACCAAAUAUUUAUGCUACAUGUGGUCGAGUUUAUUUUGUUGAGGAUUGUGGCCAUACCUUACAAUAUCACAUGAGUAAGAUGAAUUUCAUUAAUAGACUAUUAGUGGCCAAAGAGUUACUAACAUUGGCGUUGGAGCUUGCAGAUGGUACGGCUCAUAAAAAUUAUUCAUUUUACCUUACCGAUUUAACAGCUGAUAAUAUUGCUGUACAGUUGGAUAAAACAUCAGGAUUAUUACAAUCACUGAAAGUUAUUGACUGGAGUGAUGUUAUAAUUGUAGUUAAUAACCAUAGUAUGAAGAAAACUGAUAAUGAAAUGAUACAUGUGAGUAAACAUAUUGAUUGUGGACUUGGAUGCUUAGCUUAUUCAAAAGAAGAAAUUUGUCAAUCAAGGGUUAGUGAUCACAAUGUAUAUGCUGUGUGCAAAGAAUUCUUAAGCAGCGAUGGUAGACUGUUACAUGAAAUAACAGACCUAGAUGAAACAAUCAAGUCACCAGAAAAGGAAGUCAAAAACCUUGCAUCUUUAUUGAACAAUUGUCUGUGGAACUUCAAUGUUGAAAAGCAAUCUGAAUUAAAUAGAUUAGAUACUGCUAAAUUGAUAAUAAAAUCAAUUCAACUUAUUUAUGACUCGGAAAUAUCUGAUAUUAAUAAUGAUGGUUAAUAAAUAAAAGUGCAUUUUAACCAAUAAUAAUACACCAAUAAAAAGUGGAUAAAAUAUUGAGACUGAGUGUUCAGGCCUGCUAACACUGUGAUGUUAGUGGUAAAAUACAGCCGAACAUAAUUGACUUCAAACAUGGUGGUAUAACCAGGGUAUAAUGUUAGUACUACUGCUAACAUUGUUUGUUGACCUUUAAAUUUAUUUUACCUUCAAAAAUUAACUAUUAAUGUUAGUUUAUUUACUUAUAGUCAAUAUUAUAUUUUGUGUUAUCCUAGAUUAUUUUUAAAUCCUUAAAAUACUAUUAGUUCUACGGAAAAUUUGUCUUUUUAUGUAACCACAGAUUUAUUGUACUAUUAUAUAUAAUU